AUGUCGGAUGAAAGGAAAUGGGUAGUGGAUGUUGGCAACUGUCAUGAAUUCAAUAUUUCUUCAAGCAACAAUGGAAAGUAUAGGCAUCCCUACUCGAGUGCAGACUGCGUUUUGGCUGUGAGGCAUUUGGAGAAAGGGAGGGUAGUGAUCUUUGCAGCAGGAACUGGAAAUCCAUUCUUUACCACAGAUACUGCUGCAGCACUUCGUGGUGCAGAAAUCAAUGCAGAGGUUGUACUGAAAGCUACAAAUGUUGAUGGGGUUUACGACGACAAUCCAAGGUGUAGCCCAAAUGCCCGUCUUCUUGAUAAUCUAACAUAUGAGGAGGUGAUGUCCAAAGAUCUUUCAGUGAUGGACAUGACUGCCAUUACUUUAUGUCAGGAAAACAACAUUCCUGCCAUAAUGGGAGAGAAGGUCGGCACAUUGAUUGGAGCAACAUGGAAUUCUACUGCGACGAGGACAAGAGGGGUGGUUUUCAUUUGCUCUGGUGGAGGUUAUGUUGAGGAUGGUUUACCACUGAAGCUUUAA